AUGGAACAUGCAGCUGGAAGCAGUGGGAGUGAUGACAAUGACGAUGAGACUGAUAUGGAACAUGCAGCUGUAAGCAGUGGGGGUGAUGAAAAUGAUGAUGAGACAGAUAUGGAACAUGCAGCUGUAAGCAGUGGGAGUGAUGACAAUGUUGAUGAGACUGAUAUGGAACAUGCAGCUGUAAGCAGUGGGAGUGAUGACAAUGAUGAUGAGACUGAUAUGGAACAUGCAGCUGUAAGCAGUGGGAGUGAUGACAAUGAUGAUGAGACAGAUAUGGAACAUGCAGCUGUAAGCAGUGGGAGUGAUGACAACGGUGAUGAGACUGAUAUGGAACAUGCAGCUGUAAGCAGUGGGAGUGAUGACAAUGACGAUGAGACUGAUAUGGAACAUGCAGCUGUAAGCAGUGGGAGUGAUGACAACAACGAUGAGACAGAUAUGGAACAUGCAGCUGUAAGCAGUGGGAGUGAUGACAACGGCGAUGAGACUGAUAUAGAACAUGCAGCUGGAAGCAGUGGGAGUGAUGACAAUGAUGAUGAGACUGAUAUGGAACAUGCAGCUGUAAGCAGUGGGAGUGAUGACAAUGAUGAUGAGACUGAUAUGGAACAUGCAGCUGUAAGCAGUGGGAGUGAUGACAACAACGAUGAGACUGACAUGGAACAUGCAGCUGUAAGCAGUGGGAGUGAUGACAAUGACGAUGAGACUGAUAUGGAACAUGCAGCUGUAAGCAGUGGGAGUGAUGACAAUGACGAUGAGACUGAUAUGGAACAUGCAGCUGUAAGCAGUGGGAGUGAUGACAAUGACGAUGAGACUGAUAUGGAACAUGCAGCUGUAAGCAGUGGAAGUGAUGACAACAACGAUGAGACUAACAUGGAACAUGCAGCUGUAAGCAGUGGGACUGGUGACAACAAAGAUGAGACUGAUAUGGAACAUGCAGCUGUAAGCAGUGGGAGUGAUGACAACGAAGAUGAGACUGAUAUGGAACAUGCAGCUGUAAGCAGUGGGAGUGAUGACAAUGACGAUGAGACUGAUAUGGAACAUGCAGCUGUAAGCAGUGAAAGUGAUGACAAUGAUGAUGAGACUGAUAUGGAACAUGCAGCUGGAAGCAGUGGCAGUGAUGACAACAACGAUGAGACAGAUAUGGAACAUGCAGCUGUAAGCAGUGGGAGUGAUAACAAUGAUGAUGAGACAGAUAUGGAACAUGCAGCUGUAAGCAGUGGGAGUGACAACAACGGCGAUGAGACUGAUAUGGAACAUGCAGCUCUAAGCAGUGGGGGUGACAACAACGGCAAUGAGACUGAUAUGGAACAUGCAGCUGGAAGCAGUGGGUGUGAUGACAAUGAUGAGACAGAUAUGGAACAUGCAGCUGUAAGCAGUGGGAGUGACAACAACGGCGAUGAGACAGAUAUGGAACAUGCAGCUCGAAGCAGUGGGAGUGACAACAACGGCGAUGAGACUGAUAUAGAACAUGCAGCUGUAAGCAGUGGGAGUGAUGACAAUGACGAUGAGACUGAUAUGGAACAUGCAGCUGUAAGCAGUGGGAGUGAUGACAAUGACGAUGAGACUGAUAUGGAACAUGCAGCUGUAAGCAGUGGGAGUGAUGACAAUGACGAUGAGACUGAUAUGGGACAUGCAGCUGUAAGCAGUGGGAGUGAUGACAAUGACGAUGAGACUGAUAUGGAACGUGCAGCUGUAAGCAGUGGGAUUGAUGACAAUGACGAUGAGACUGAUAUGGAACAUGCAGCUGGAAUCAAUAGAAGUGAUGACAAUGAUGAUGAGACUGAUGUGGAACAUGCAGCUGGAAGCAGUGAGAGUGAUGACAAUGUUGAUGAGACUAACAUGGAACAUGCAGCUGUAAGCAGUGGCAGUGAUGACAACUACAAUGAGACUGAUAUGGAACAUGCAGCUGUAAGCAGUGGAAGUGAUGACAACAACGAUGAGACUAACAUGGAACAUGCAGCUGUAAGCAGUGGGAGUGAUGACAACAAAGAUGAGACUGAUAUGGAACAUGCAGCUGUAAGCAGUGGGAGUGAUGACAAUGAAGAUGAGACUGAUAUGGAACAUGCAGCUGUAAGCAGUGGGAUUGAUGACAAUGACGAUGAGACUGAUAUGGAACAUGCAGCUGUAAGCAGUGAAAGUGAUGACAAUGAUGAUGAGACUGAUAUGGAACAUGCAGCUGGAAGCAGUGGCAGUGAUGACAACAACGAUGAGACUAAUAUGGAACAUGCAGCUGUAAGCAGUGGGAGUGAUAACAAUGACGAUGAGAUGGAUAUGGAACAUGCAGCUGUAAGCAGUGGGAGUGACAACAACGGCAAUGAGACUGAUAUGGAACAUGCAGCUCUAAGCAGUGGGAGUGACAACAACGGCAAUGAGACUGAUAUGGAACAUGCAGCUGGAAGCAGUGGGAGUGAUGACAAUGAUGAGACAGAUAUGGAACAUGCAGCUGUAAGCAGUGGGAGUGACAACAACGGCAAUGAGACUGAUAUGGAACAUGCAGCUGUAAGCAGUGGGAGUGACAACAAUGGCGAUGAGACUGAUAUGGAACAUGCAGCUGUAAGCAGUGGGAGUGAUGACAAUGACGAUGAGACUGAUAUGGAACAUGCAGCUGUAAGCAGUGGGAGUGAUGACAAUGACGAUGAGACUGAUAUAGAACAUGCAGCUAUAAGCAGUGGGAGUGAUGACAAUGACGAUGAGACUGAUAUGGAACAUGCAGCUGUAAGCAGUGGGAGUGAUGACAAUGACGAUGAGACUGAUAUGGAACAUGCAGCUGGAAGCAGUGGAAGUGAUGACAAUGAUGAUGAGACUGAUGUGGAACAUGCAGCUGGAAGCAGUGAGAGUGAUGACAAUGUUGAUGAGACUAACAUGGAACAUGCAGCUGUAAGCAGUGGCAGUGAUGACAACUACAAUGAGACUGAUAUGGAACAUGCAGCUGUAAGCAGUGGGAGUGAUGACAACGGCGAUGAGACUGAUAUGGAACAUGCAGCUGUAAGCAGUGGGAGUGAUGACAAUGACGAUGAGACUGAUAUGGAAUAUGCAGCUGUAAGCAGUGGGAGUGAUGACAAUGACGAUGAGACUGAUAUGGAACAUGCAGCUGUAAGCAGUGGGAGUGAUGACAAUGACGAUGAGACUGAUAUGGAACAUGCAGCUGUAAGCAGUGGGAGUGAUGACAACGUUGAUGAGACUGAUAUGGAACAUGCAGCUGUAAGCAGUGGGAGUGAUGACAAUGAUGAUGAGACUGAUAUGGAACAUGCAGCUGUAAGCAGUGGGAGUGAUGACAAUGACGAUGAGACUGAUAUGGAACAUGCAGCUGGAAGUAGUGGGAGUGAUUACAACGGUGAUGAGACUGAUAUGGAACAUGCAGCUGGAAGCAGUGGGAGUGAUGACAAUGACAAUGAGACUGAUAUGGAACAUGCAGCUGGAAGCAGUGGGAGUGAUGACAAUGGUGAUGAGACUGAUAUGGAACAUGCAGCUGGAAGCAGUGGGAUUGAUGACAAUGACGAUGAGACUGAUAUGGAACAUGCAGCUGUAAGCAGUGGGAGUGAUGACAAUGACGAUGAGACUGAUAUGGAACAUGCAGCUGGAAGCAGUGGGAGUGAUGACAAUGAUGAUGAGACUGAUAUGGAACAUGCAGCUGGAAGCAGUGGGAGUGAUGACAAUGAUGAUGAGACUGAUAUGGAACAUGCAGCUGGAAGCAGUGGAAGUGAUGACAACGACAAUGAGACAGAUAUGGAACAUGCAGCUGUAAGCAGUGGGAGUGAUGACAACAAAGAUGAGACUGAUAUGGAACAUGCAGCUGUAAGCAGUGGAAGUGAUGACAACUACAGUGAGACUGACAUGGAACAUGCAGCUUGA